AUGCUAUCAGGAAUCCAAAGUCAUAGUGGAGCUAGUGUAGAUUUAGCUAUAUUUGGAUUACAUUUAUCUGGUAUAAGUUCACUUUUGGGUGCUAUUAACUUUAGGAACAUUAUAUGUGACAUAUUUGUUUUAAUGAGUUUAAAAAACUCAAUAAGCGGGCCGGCCUGUAUCGCCCCAGGGUCUCGUCGUUUUAAACUGACCUUAAAUAACAAAAAAUGUUAUUUGAGCUCUAACAGUAGCUCAGAUAAUAAUAAUAAACCACCUAAAAAGGAUAAAAAUUUUUGAAAAGAAGUUUUAGGUCGAAAGGGUUCUUCUAAUAGAAUAUCUCAUAGAUUAGCACAUGAGCAAAUUAAAAGUGGUCAACGUGUUACAGUGAAGAUAAUUAAUGACAUUUUAGCUUAUUGUGGUAUUAGAAUUACUGAAGAUAUAUUCAAAUCUUUAUUAGCUGCACCUAGAUUUGUUUUUGAUAAUUUAAAUAAGGAUGAAACAAUAAAAAUUAUUAAAGAUAAGAUUGGGGGACCUUGAGAUAAAAUAAUGUUAAAACUAAGUAAUUAUUCCAGUGGCUCCGAAUAUUUCUACCAAGAAUACCGGAAGCAUCCCGUCUUUUACUUUAAAGUAUCUUUAAAGACGGGAACUAAUUGAUCCUAGUAACGGUAGAGUAAUUAUAGUUAAAUAUAUUAUUAAUGUUCUAUUUUUAUGCGUAUAAAUAAUCAAAAAAAAAAAACAUGAAAAAAACAAAAAA